AACCUUCACACAUACCCCACCAAUCAUUGUUAUUAUUUGGAGUCGCAAUAUCGUGUUAUAAUUGAGUGUUAUGAGGGAUAUGAAGGUGUUGGAGGGUUGUUGAGGAGGACGCCGGCCACCGACCAAUGAGAGGCCGACACCUUCCUUCACUCGCCCAUUCUCAUAUAAUUCACCCUCGCACACACCACACAGAGGCUCACUACAUCAUAUUAAGAUAUUUUCCAGUUCAACAUGUCGGGCCCGGUGCUAAACUACCGGACGCGAGGAUGGCUCCGCAUGUCAGUGGAGAAGCAGGACACACUACUGAAAAUGGCUGUUCUCUCUCUUGCGGCAAUUCUCUCUUUCUCCUGCAGACUUUUCUCAGUCCUUCGCUUUGAGUCCGUCAUCCACGAGUUUGAUCCUUACUUCAAUUACCGCACCACCAAGUUUUUGGCUGAGGAAGGCUUCUAUAAUUUCCAUAACUGGUUUGACGAUCGAGCGUGGUACCCACUUGGCAGGAUCAUUGGAGGUACCAUCUAUCCAGGGUUGAUGGUGACCUCAGCGACCAUAUACCACAUCUUGAAUUGGCUUCACAUAACGAUAGAUGUGCGUAAUGUCUGUGUGUUCUUGGCGCCAUUCUUCUCCUCGCUCACCACUCUCGUUACCUACCAUCUGGCCAAGGAGCUGAAGGGUCCAGGUGCAGGAUUGGUCGCUGCUGUGAUGAUUGCCAUUGUGCCAGGAUACAUAUCACGUUCUGUCGCUGGCUCUUAUGAUAAUGAAGGUAUUGCCAUCUUCUGUAUGCUGUUGACUUACUACAUGUGGAUCAAAGCUGUGAAGACUGGCACACUCUUUUGGUCAACUAUGGCUUCACUCGCUUACUUUUACAUGGUGUCAUCCUGGGGUGGAUAUGUGUUCUUGAUCAACAUUAUUCCUCUGCAUGUCCUCACCCUGAUGAUCACUGGCCGGUUCUCUCACAGGGUGUAUGUGGCAUACUCCACCCUCUACGUCAUCGGCACCAUCCUCUCCAUGCAAAUAUCAUUUGUCGGGUUCCAGCCUGUCUCCACAUCUGAACACAUGGGGGCAUUUGGUGUGUUUGGGCUGUGCCAGAUACAUUCUUUUGUUGACUACGUGCGUUCCCGCCUAAAUAAAACCCAGUUUGAGGUACUGUUCCGUGCAGUGAUCUCCACUGUGGCCGUGGUGGGGGUGUUGGUGCUAGUAGUGCUCACAGCCUUGGGCAAGAUUGCACCGUGGACAGGAAGGUUCUACUCGCUGUUGGAUCCAUCAUACGCCAAGAACAACAUUCCCAUCAUUGCCUCUGUCUCUGAGCACCAGCCCACAGCAUGGUCUUCCUUCUACUUUGACUUGCAGAUGUUGACAUUCAUGUUUCCUGUUGGUCUUUACUUCUGCUUCUCCAAACUUACAGAUGAGAAUAUCUUCAUCAUUCUCUAUGGUGUCCUCAGCAUCUACUUUGCAGGUGUGAUGGUGCGCUUGAUGCUGGUGUUGGCCCCUGUGAUGUGUAUUCUCUCUGGUAUAGCAGUGUCUUCCAUGCUCUCCACCUACAUGAAGCAAAUUGAUGAAGUUAAAACGGAGAAGAAGAAGGCCAAGUUUGAGGGCAACUACUUUAUGAGGAGUGAAAUUGCCACAUUCUUUGUGUGUGUGAUGUCUGUAUUCUUGGUAAUGUACACACUCCACUGCACCUGGGUAACAUCUGAAGCUUACAGCUCCCCGUCAAUUGUUCUCUCUGCUCGUGGCCAUGAUGGAUCCAGGAUCAUAUUUGAUGAUUUCAGGGAAGCUUACUACUGGCUGCGUCACAACACUCCUGAGGAUGCAAAGGUAAUGUCAUGGUGGGAUUAUGGAUAUCAGAUAACAGCCAUGGCCAACAGAACUAUAUUAGUGGACAACAACACAUGGAAUAACACUCACAUAUCCCGUGUGGGUCAAGCCAUGGCCAGCACCGAGGACAAAGCCUAUGAGAUCAUGAGAGAGCUUGAUGUAGACUAUGUGUUGGUCAUCUUUGGAGGACUCACUGGCUAUUCUUCUGAUGAUAUCAAUAAAUUCCUGUGGAUGGUGCGUAUUGGAGGGAGCACGGAGAAGGGCGGACACAUCAAGGAACACGACUAUUACACCCCUGCCGGGGAAUUCCGAGUGGAUAAAGAGGGAUCUCCCACGCUGCUAAACUGCCUCAUGUACAAAAUGUGUUACUACAGGUUUGGGCAAGUCUACACAGAAGGAGGAAAACCUCCGGGCUAUGAUAGAGUUCGUAAUGUUGAAAUUGGUAACAAAGAUUUUGAGCUUGAUGUUCUUGAAGAAGCUUACACAACAGAACACUGGAUUGUUCGUAUCUACAAGGUUAAAGAUUUGCCCAAUAGAGGAGCUUAAGUUAUAUUUUCAACUUAAUUAGGAAGUAGGAAAAAAUUUAGACCAGUUUUUAUACAAUUCCCAGUGCAGUAUUUGAACUGAAUUUUUUCCCGUUGAAAACUUGUUUUCAGAUUCUUUCUUUGUUAAUGGUGCUUAAUUUUGAAAUAUUACAUAGAAAUGGUUGUGUAAGUUCAGUACAUACUGUACAAGUUAAUUGAUUGUAAUUCUUCUUAAAUUUAUAUUUUACCUACUUGAAGGAAGUGAACAGGAAGCCAAUGUUAAACUUAGUUACAUACUUGUGUACACACUCGCUACAAAAAGUAUUUUGUUGAUUUUGUGAGACUGGCACAAUGGACUAAGGAUUUUGAAAACCCUACUGAGACAACAGGUGUCAUAGUGUUCAUUUUGAAAUUCAUAGGACCCCUCCGUAAAUAUACAGUACAGGCACAGUACUUCUUGGAGCGAGUGUACAAAGUAAUUAUAUUGAACAUGUUUCUUAAUGGUAUACAUCGUCUUUGCUCUCUGUUCAAGAUUGUUACUUAUGAUGCCUUUGCUAUGCCACAAUGGUCUUGUAUAUAUGAGCUAUAUUUCACUCCAAGCUGUAUUUUUGUAUAUAGGUCAUGAAAUGCUCUAGCAGACCUACAGUACUUUGGACUGGCUGCAGUAAAAUAAGGUAACUCUUCUUGACUUUGUUUUAACAGAAAUUGUUAAAUGGGUUUAUAAUGCUCCUUUUGUUGUUUAUAUGAUUGUUAGUCAUAGAUUUGGCGGUCGAGUCAUUUUGCUUGUGUUAGAAUGGGGGUUCAUUCUCUGUAAUGCUGAUCUUAUUCUUCUUCUCAUGAUUAUUUGUAUCAUCUCAGAAUGUUAUGUAUCACUAUUCAUGCUGUCAAACAUCGUCAUAUAUACAUUCGUGGAGAAAAUUUCCUCGACACCUUUGGUGAUGUCUGGGAUCUACCUGAGGAUCUUGUGGGUACAGUACUUUAGUGGUGAUUAGAAUUUUGUCUGUUUACUCAGAUUUAUUUUUGUAUUAAAGAUUGGACUUUGUUGAUUUUAUGACAAUUUAUAAUGAAGAGCAGCUGUCACAUGUUUGAUCCAUAAGUAUAUACCAAAUGUUGCCAAAUGUAGAGAGAAUAUUAUCCACAACUGUACAGGCUUUUGUUAGCAGAUAUAGUGUUUAUGAAGUUCAAACUUGGGCACAAAGUCAGGAUUGUGUUUCUUUAAUUCUUUUGUCCUCAAUCCACUUUUGAUAAGGGAGACAGUUUUUGUGAAGUGUAUGUGUGAUCAUUCCAGAAAUGCACUGACUGUGUGCAUUUAGUAAAAGUUUUCAUAUA